UUGAGCUACGGCCGACGCCAUGGCCUCUGGCCUUCGGAACCGCUCUCCUUCUCUCUCCACAUUCUCUUCACCACCCCUCAAGCGCCUCUCUCUCUCUUCUUCCCCCUCGCGCCCUCUUCCCUUCAAAACCCACUUUCUCUCUCCUCUCUGUACCCGUCCUUUCCCAUUAAAAACCGACUUUCUCUCUCCUUUCUCUCCGCUCCCUUCUCCCGUCAACCGCCACUCUCUCUCCUCGAUGCGCACUGUGGCCACGGUGAAGCGUAGUCCGAAGCGCCUCAAAUAUUCAGCUCCACGUUUUACAAAGGGGGAGGGCUUCUUAUAUGUUAAUGUCGAUCCUCAAGGUGCAGACACAUGGAAAUUAGAUCCAGUGGUUCGGCUUCUACAAGAUGGAGCAGUUGGGGUUAUUACCACUGAUACUGUAUACGCUAUUGUCUGUGAUCUGAAAAGCCAUUCUUCCAUUGAGCGCCUUCGCAGAAUUAAGGAUAUAGACAGUUUGAAGCCCCUCAGUAUAUUGUGCCACUCUCUAAAGGACAUUGAUACUUACACUUUGGGCUUUCCUUGUGGUAACGGUCAAGGCCAAACUAAUAUAUUUCGAGCUGUCAAACAUUGCUUGCCUGGUCCUUAUACAUUCAUUUUGCCUGCAAGCAAAGAGCUGCCAAAGCAGUGUUUGAGAUAUGGCACUAGUACAGCCAAGUACGCUUCAAGAAAAAGUGUUGGGGUUCGGAUCCCGGAUGAUAUUGUUUGUCAAGCGAUAUUGGAGAAAAUGGGUAGACCAUUGAUAUGCACAAGUGUAAAGUGGCCAAAGGAAGAUGAAUGGAUUGUGGACCCUGCUAUCAUAGCUGAUGUCUAUGCUCCUGAGGGUCUUGAUUUUAUUGUUGAUGCUGGGAUUAGAGUAGCUGAUCCAUCAACCGUGGUAGAUUUGACUGGUACUUUACCAACAAUCAUUCGACAAGGAAAGGGGCCCAAGCAUGACUGGAUGCAUUUGAGAGAAGAUGGAAGCUCCACUUCAACUUAAAUUAGACUUUCUCCCUUGUACAGCUCAAGCCGUAAUCAUUGAGCUCUAGGAGCUUGAAUUUUUGGUUUUUUUUUUUUUUCCCUUAUAUUUCUUGUACAUAAUAAUACAGUAGUGCUAUAAACUUAUAUUGACCCAUAAAUGCUUAAGAAAAAUGAUGGCUUUUGAAAGUAAGAUACCUCAAACUGCGCUUA